AUGAGCAAACCCGGAGACUACAACGCAGUCCGACGCGACAUCGCCGCGCAGCUCAAGAAGCCCGGCUACGAUGAUGGUAGCGCAGGCCCCGUCUUCGUCCGUCUCGCAUGGCACUCCUCCGGCACAUACGACGCUGCAAGCGAUACCGGCGGCUCUAACGGCGCGGGAAUGCGCUAUGAAGCCGAAGGUGGCGACCCGGCAAACGCCGGUCUCCAACACGGCCGCGCCUUCCUAGAGCCCGUGAAGGAGAAGCACCCCUGGAUCACAUACAGCGAUUUGUGGACGCUUGCAGGCGUCGUCGCAAUCGAAGAGAUGGGCGGGCCCAAGAUUCCGUGGCUACCGGGCCGUACCGACUUUGUCGACGACUCCAAGGUGCCUCCGCGCGGACGAUUGCCUGAUGGCGCACAGGGCGCCGACCACCUCCGCUUCAUCUUCUACCGGAUGGGCUUCAACGACCAAGAGAUCGUGGCACUGGCGGGCGGACACAACCUAGGACGGUGCCAUGCUGAUCGCUCAGGGUUCCAGGGCCCUUGGGUGAACAAUCCGACGCGGUUCUCGAACCAGUUCUUCAAACUGCUGCUGAAUAUGGAGUGGAAGCCCAAGACGUUAGAGAACGGUGUUAGUCAGUUUGUGUAUAUUGAUCCGGAGGCGGAGGACCAUGAGGAGCCGCUCAUGAUGCUACCAACAGACGUUGCGUUGAGGGAUGAUCCUGCGUUCCGGCCUUGGGUGGAACGGUAUGCGAAGGACAAGGAUCUCUUCUUUGACCACUUCUCGAAGGCAUUUGCCAAGUUGAUUGAGUUGGGGAUCCAGAGAGAUGCGAGCGGCAAGGUCACGAAUACCGAUAACGUCAAGGGUGGCUACCACUCUGCGCCCAAGAAGAGCGAUGAGCCGACUGGGCCGCCCCGUCCGCAUACAGCUCAGCGUGCUGCUAAGCUGUAG